UUUAAAGGCAAUAUUUUUAGAGCAUCUGAUGAAUCUUGAAACUCAUUUCAUGAAAUAUUACCCAAAAGAAAUGAAACAGUACUAUUGGAUUAAAGACCCGUUCACUGAAAAACCACCAUCAAAUUUCACAACCUUAAAAGAGGAACUAUUAAUCGAAAUUUCAUCCGAUUCUUCACUAGGAAUGCAAUUUUCUUCAUAUUCACUUUUAGAAUUUUUGAACAGUAUUAAAGAUGAAUAUCCUGAAGUUAGCAAUAAAGCUUUUGGUAUAUUAAUACCAUUUGCCACAUUGUAUUUGUGUGAAGCAGGAUUUUCAACAGUAGCCGUACUAAAAUAAAAAUAUUGGUCCAGGCUCAACGUGGAAAAAUAAAUGCAUGUUGCAGUAACUACAU